AGUGUCCUCUUUAGCAUCUGGUUUUGCUCCUCGAGACGGAGACAGCGUAGUAGAGUUCGCAGGUGACACAACUCGUGUUUUCUGAGACAGACGGGCGCAAUGGGUAAGGAGAAGUUCCACAUUAGCAUCGUGGUCAUCGGCCAUGUCGAUUCGGGAAAGUCGACGACGACUGGUCACUUGAUUUACAAGCUGGGAGGCAUAGACAAGCGAGUGAUCGAGCGUUUCGAGAAGGAGGCAGCUGAGAUGAACAAGAGGUCGUUCAAGUACGCGUGGGUGCUCGACAAGCUCAAGGCUGAGCGCGAGCGGGGUAUCACUAUCGACAUCGCCCUGUGGAAGUUCGAGACCACCAAGUACUACUGCACCGUCAUCGACGCUCCGGGACACAGAGAUUUCAUCAAGAACAUGAUCACAGGAACGUCGCAAGCCGACUGCGCCGUGCUCAUCAUCGACUCGACCACCGGUGGGUUCGAGGCCGGAAUCUCGAAGGACGGGCAGACUCGCGAGCACGCGCUGCUGGCUUUCACCUUAGGGGUGAAGCAGAUGAUUUGCUGCUGUAACAAGAUGGACGCCACCACUCCCAAGUACUCGAAGGGCAGAUACGAGGAGAUAAAAAAGGAGGUGGCGAAUUACCUGAAGAAGGUGGGAUACAAUCCGGAUAAGAUCCCCUUCGUGCCAAUUUCUGGAUUCGAGGGAGACAACAUGAUCGAGAGAUCCGCGAACCUGGAAUGGUACAAAGGCCCGACUCUUCUCGAGGCUCUGGACGCGGUGUCGGAGCCCAAGAGGCCGUCCGACAAGCCUCUGAGGCUGCCGCUGCAGGACGUGUACAAGAUCGGAGGCAUCGGGACUGUCCCCGUGGGCCGAGUGGAGACGGGGGUGAUCAAGCCCGGAAUGCUGGUGUGCUUCGCGCCGACCGGGCUGACCACGGAGGUGAAGUCGGUGGAGAUGCACCACGAGGCUCUGCUCGAGGCGCUGCCCGGCGACAAUGUGGGAUUCAAUGUCAAGAAUGUGGCGGUGAAGGAUCUGAAGCGUGGAUUCGUGGCCUCGGACUCGAAGAACGACCCGGCCAAGGAAGCCGCCAACUUCACGUCGCAGGUGAUCAUCAUGAACCACCCGGGUCAAAUCGGCAACGGGUACGCGCCGGUGCUGGACUGCCACACAUCGCACAUCGCCGUCAAGUUCGCCGAGAUUCUGACCAAAGUCGACCGACGCUCCGGGAAGGAGAUAGAGAAGGAGCCGAAGUUUCUCAAGAAUGGAGACGCCGGGUUUGUGAAGAUGGUCCCCACGAAGCCCAUGACUGUCGAGACCUUCUCCGAGUACCCGCCUCUGGGUCGCUUCGCGGUCCGCGACAUGCGACAGACUGUGGCCGUGGGCGUCAUCAAGGCCGUCGAGAAGAAGGACCCGACCGGCGCGAAGGUGACCAAGUCCGCUGCCAAGAAGAAGUGAUGAUCACGGCGAUGAGCGCUUGAAAUCGUUAACAUCACGAAGUUCUAAGUGGGAUUCCUGCGUUAUUCAGUGUUUCAUGUUCAUGGGUCGCAACUGGAACCGGAGUUGGCUUGCUGCCGCUGCAUAGACUGCGACAGGUCUGCAGACGGCGCCUAAAUGAGAUCGUGUCCUGUAAAAUAGAGUAGGUAGGAAUCCAGAGUCUUCGCAGGUUGUCCCGUUUCAAGUAUUUUUACCUCGAUUUGACAUCCGUCAGCCUCUGCGCCGUGUGUCGCAUUUGGGCAUCACAGAGUAAAGAAGAAAGACCGGGAAAUAGACGAUGAGCUGAAUCACGAUCGUGGUGUUCAGUUAAGAAGCAAACAUCUUCGAGAUAAUCUUUGUUACAGCAUCAAUAGAGUGACCAGUAUACCGUAGAUAAAGAGCCACUCUACAUCAUCCACCGUAGAUGAUGGAAUCGGGAGGAAUCCAGAGGCUACAGUAGGGAGCCUUGGCAUAGCACGAGUAGAGCGUUCGUUGCUUGGAACUUAAGCAUUAUGAGUUGAGGACUUGUAUCAAGAUCUUCGUAAUAGAAACUUUGCGCGCACACCAUUUUUCAUC